AAUAGGUAUGAAUGCAUGAUUGACAAAAAUCAUUUCUUGUUCACCAAAUCUGCUUUCUUUCAAAACAUGCACUCAUCCUCAAUCAACACUAUCCUCUUCUCUCUUUUCUUCUUCUUAUGCUUCAAUGGAUCAACAAUGGCAGAUUCACAAGACACCUUCCAACUUCCUUCUCCUCUACCCCAAUGGCCUCCUGGUGGAGGGUUUGCAAAUGGAACUAUAGAUUUGGGAGGAUUACAAGUGAAACAAGUAACAAGAUUCACCAAAAUAUGGGCAACAAAUGGAGGAGGACCCGAUAAUCUUGGAGCUUCAUUCUACGACCCGGAUGCCAUCCCACAAGGUUUUUCAAGUUUAGGAUCUUAUGCACAACCAAAUAAUAUCCCACUUUUUGGGCAUGUUCUUGUUGCCAAAGAUAUAUCAAACAACCAUUCAUAUCCCACACUCAAAUCACCAAUUGAUUACACUCUUGUGUGGAGUAGUGAGUCUUUAGAUAUCGAAAAAGAUGGUGAAGGAUAUGUUUGGCUUCCUGCUGCACCCGACGGCUAUAAAGCCGUCGGGUACAUAUUUACUAACUCGUCUGUCAAGCCAGCGCUUGACAAGGUUGGGUGUGUCCGUGAAGAUUUCACGAUCACACCAAACACAACACUUGGUUUGGAUAAUAAACAUGUCCUGGAUAUUAAUGGGUUGAAUGUUUAUGAUUCUGUUGGUGGUUUUCGGGUUCGAAAUGAAAGUGUGGGACAUUUAAAGGGUAAUUUAACCUAUUCUAUGCCGAAUUUGAACCAAAUUGAAGCAUUGAUUCAAGCUUAUGCUCCGGUUAUUUAUUUUCAUCCUGAUGAAAAAUAUCUACCCUCAUCGGUUGAUUGGUUUUUUCAAAAUGGGGCAUUGUUGUACCACAAAGGGAACGAGUCCAAACCGGACCUAGUCGAAAGAAACGGCUCGAACCUUCCGCAAGGUGGCUCGAACGAUGAGACAUAUUGGCUAGACCUUCCACUUGAUGGUUCAAGCAAAGAUAGAGUCAAGAAAGGGGAUUUACAAGAUGCUUGUGCUUAUUUCCAUGUUAAACCUGUCUCCGGAGGACUAUUUACGGAUAUUGCCAUUUGGGUUUUUUAUCCUUUUAACGGGGGAGCAAGGGCAAAAGUGGAAUUUAUAAAUAUCUCUUUAGGAAAGUUAGGUGAACACGUUGGUGAUUGGGAGCAUGUCACGUUAAGAAUAAGUAAUUUUAAUGGGGAGUUAAACAGUGUCUUUUUUUGCCAACAUGGUUGGGGUAAAUGGGUCAGCGCCUCGGGUCUCGAGUACCACACGGGUAAUAAACCGGUGGUUUACGCGUCGUUACAUGGGCAUGCAUCGUACCCAAAGCCCGGGCGUGUUUUGCUUGGCUCUGGGGGGGCGGAUAUUGGUGUUAAAGACGACACGGACAAGAGUGAUAAGAUGAUGGAUACGGGAGUCAGGGCGGUGGUGGUUGCGACGGAGUAUUUGGCACCCGCGGUGGUUGAACCACCGUGGUUGAAUUAUGAGAGAAAAUGGGGGCCCAAAAUAGAUUAUGAUGUUGAAAAAGAAAUAAAUAAAAUGAAGAAGGUGAUGAUAGGGAAAUUAAAGAAAGCAUUUGAGAGGUUUGUGGAGAGUAUUCCUAGUGAAAUGUUGGGUGAAGAUGGGCCAACAGGGCCAAAAGUUAAAGAUAGUUGGAGUGGUGAUGAGUGUGUUUGAUACUUUGAUUAGUUAUAAAUUUUGAAAGUGGUUGAUCAAACCUUAAAGGUGUAUCCAUUUUCAAGAUAGUGUGUUUUUUUAAUAAUAUUAUAAUAGAAGUAUAAUACUAGUUAAUUUGUCUGUU